AUGUCUACCGAACACCAAGAAUCGCCCGUCGAGGAAGUGCAGAGAACUGACGACGAUGCUCAGAUGAAAGUUGAAGAACCUGAGGCGUCCCAGGUGACAGCACCGGCGGUUGCUCCCAGAAAACGACCACGACUAGAUCUGACUGCCGAACCGAAAGAGCGCAAACGCGGCAAGAGUAUGUUUGGGCUUGUGCUCGGGACGUUGAACAAGGCCAAAAACGAAGACAAGGCGAGGAAUUCUAGCGAAGCGGCGAAGAAGAGACAAUUGAUUGAGCAGAGACUGCAAGAAAAACUUAGAAAAGAAACUGACUCUGUCAGGAGAGCCGAAGAGGCGAAGAAGGACAAGACCGUAGCAAACCGCAAGGAAGAAGACCUGCAACUAAAAGAUUCCAUACACAAGCUCCGCCACACAAAUCUUCCCCUCCUCGCCAAUUUCCUCUGCACCUCCGACUCUAUACCCACCUCCGACCCCGACUCUCCCUCCGAAUCUGACCAACCUCCAUCGCGGAACGUAUUAUCCGGACCUCCACGUUCCCAUCCACCUCCGAUCUACUACCUCCCGGCCGUCCUUACCCCAGCCCAAGAGGCAUUCCUUGUUAAGCGUAAGGCUGAGGUCAAAGAAGCCGCUGAGCAAGAAUGGGCCACAUUCCGUCUCGAGCGCAGUGCUGGCAUAGAGGAAAUCCAAACUCUCCGGCAACGCGUCCAGGAAGAACAGCUGCGCGUACGUGUCGAGCGUGGAACUUCCUCCAGCCCAACCAAAGCCAACGGCGAUCAGGAAAUGCAACCCACCGAUAGCCCCACGGUUGAGACAAAACCGGCAGGGGAGAGUGGCAUGGAUGUAGAUCAGCCGCCAGUAGAUCAGAGCAAGGAGGAAUCAUCCGGUAAGGAUGAGGAGGCGAAGAAAGCUGGGGAGAGUACGCAGGCUACAGAGGCUGCGAAGGUUGAGGAGAAGGAAACAGUGCUGGAAACGGCUCCUGUUCCUGCUCCUGUGCCGAUGCAGGCUGAUGACGACGACGCGGUCGAGUAUUGA